AUGUUAUACAUUAUUGGGCUUGGUCUUUAUGAUGAGAAAGAUAUUACAGUAAGAGGACUUGAAGCAGUUAAGUCGUGUGACCUUGUAUUUUUAGAACAUUAUACUGCAAUUCUUCAAUGUGAUAUUGCUAAACUUGAAGAGUUUUAUGGUAAGAAAGUGAUUAUUGGAGAUAGAGAUUUAGUAGAAACCGAAGCUGAUCAAAUCCUUGAACCAGCUAAAACAAAAAAUGUUGCACUUCUUGUUGUUGGUGAUGUAUAUGGAGCAACCACUCAUUCUGAUAUUUUUGUUAGAUGCCAAAAAAUGGGAAUUGAAGUUAAAGUUAUUCAUAACGCUUCUAUUAUGAAUGCUGUUGGUUGUAGUGGACUUCAAUUAUAUAGAUUUGGACAAACUGUUUCUGUUUGUUUCUGGAGUGAACAUUGGAAACCAUCAAGUUAUUAUCCAAAGAUUAAAAUAAAUCGAGAUAAUAAUAUGCAUACAUUAGUUCUUCUUGAUAUUAAAGUAAAAGAACGUUCAGAAGAAAAUAUUAUUAAAGGAAGAGAUAUCUUUGAACCACCAAGAUAUAUGACUAUUAAUCAGUGCAUUGAACAAUUAUUAGAAGUAGAAAAAGAACAACAUCUUGGAGUUUAUGAUGAAGACACUAUGGUUGUUGGAAUGGCACGUGUUGCUUGUGCUGACCAAAAAAUUGUUUAUGGUAAAAUGAAGGAUCUUCUUCGUUAUGACUUUGGUGCUCCAAUGCAUUGUCUUUUGAUUCCUGCCCCACAAAUAGAUGAUCCAGAGUUAGAUCAUCUUGAAUAUUUUAAAUACAAGUCCGAAUAA